AUGACCAUAGUCUCAAAUGAUCCCACUUGGUGGCCGACCAUCAAUGCAAAUCGUAUUGAAAGCUAUUUUGUGGUUGCCUCCUUUGCUGGACUGACGUAUGAUUGGGCACUUACAUUCGGCCAAGAGGUCGAAUUAAUCUGGAGGCAACGCUGGUCUCUAAUGACAGUUCUGUAUCUUAGUGCGCUACCUCGGGAUCUUAAUGUCUGCCAUGUACAUGUUGUUCGAUGUUCCGACUGUCUCGCUGACAGAUACACAGUGGGUGUGGUUGUUCAGCAACUUCUUGGUUCACUAAUGAUUGCCACAUUAUACUACCACAGAUGCCAGAUUAUGUAUGCCAUACAGGAUUGGACGGGUGUUUUGGUAUUUGCGAUGCUGUGGGGUGAGCUCGUCAUCAUCAUAACUCGGUUGUAUGCCAUGUAUCAACGAUCCAGAAAAAUCCUCAUAUUUCUCAUUGUCACCUUCCUGGCUGUCAAUAUUUACGACGUAGUGGUAAGCGUAAUUACAACGAUGUAUACUUCAGGAGAGGAAUUUAUUCUCUCCGGCACUUAUCAGUGCCAGAUUUACGAUGCGGAAUAUAUCUUAAUUCUGGAUUCUAAUACUUGGAUACUCGGAACUGUGUGGGAGGUCCUCGCACUAUGUCUUGCAGUUUGGAUUACUGUAAAUCACUUUCGUGAACUGCGACGUAAUCCAGCAGGGAGAGACUCUUUCGUGGUGUUGAUCAAAACUCACAUAGUUUACUUUGUGAGCUUUGUUGCUGUUUCUUGCUUCGAGCUCAUUCUUAUUUUCUCUCCAACACUCUCAGCGGACCGAAAUUUCGCUAGAAAAUGGCUUCCUUCAGAUCAUGACAGUCGUGCAGUCGUUUGUGCUGGGACCACGCCUGAUUCUUGGCAUUCGCGAAUACCACGCUAA